ACACAUUUUUUACCUCCGUAUCGGGUUUUGUUUGCUUGCAUACAGGUUUAUGCUUUUGUUUUUUGUUUAAUUUUAUUCCAAUAUUUUAUGAUGGAGUCUAUUUUUUUUAGUGCGUUUGUGCUAAUAAUUACUGGUAUUGGUUUACAUUAUAUUGUAAUUCCGCCUGUGGAGAAAUCGAUUGCUUUACAAGUGUUGGGAGUACUUGGUGAGGAAGAAGAUAAACAUCCACGUAUUUACGCUCAUCGAGGCGGUGGGCAUGAUGCCCCCGAAAAUACAUUGGCAGCUUUUCGAAAAGCAAAAGACAAUGGAGCAACUGGUGUGGAAUUUGAUAUUUCUUUAACUAAAGAUGGUAUUGCAGUACUUUUACAUGAUGAUACUGUUGACAGAACCACCAAUGGCUCUGGAAGUAUUGGGGAUAUGACAUUUCAUGAAGUGAGAGAACUUGAUGCUUCCAAACAUCACCCCCAGAGUUCACUCUAUGAAGGUGAGAAAAUCCCUACUCUAGAAGAAGGUGUACAAGAAUGUAUAAAGCUUAACUUGAGGAUGAUUUUUGAUGUAAAAGAAUAUGAUGAAAAGGCAUUGGCAGCAGUUUUGGAUAUAUUUGAAAAGUACCCAGAGCUGUACAAAGUUGCUGUAGUGGCAUCAUUCUACCCUAACUUCAUAUAUCAAUUACGAAGUGCCAAUCCCAAAAUUGUUUGUGCUUUAACUUGGCGACCAAAUUUUAUUUCCUAUGAUGACAUUGUGAAUGGUCAGCCACGGUUCAGAAUACCUUGGAAAAUGAAUUUAGGGAAGGUUGGUGACUACUUUUUGGAUUGGUCUAUCCAUAGCUGGCUGUGGUAUGUUACAGGUGUGUCUGCAGUUCUCAUUCACAAGGAUUGCAUUUCUCAAGAAUAUUUAAGGAUGUGGAAUUCUCGAAAUAUUCAAGUCAUUCCAUGGACAGUCAACCAUCCAACAGAGAAGCAGCAUUUUUUAAAAAUUCUCCAUACUCCAAUUAUAACAGAUUCUGUGCAGGUCAAUUUUGGAAAUAUGGAAGUUUUUCGUUAAGAUUUUGAAUAUUCUGGAUUGGAAAUCAAAAAUGCUUAUCUUGAAAGCUGAAAUUGUGCUUCAUGAGCUCAUAGCAAAUGAUGAUUUAUAAAACAUUUUUUCAUUUAAAACUAAAAUUAGUAAAAAAAACACUGAGUGUCAAAAGUUAUCAGUUCUGCAUAUGAAAUCUUUAUGUGCCUAGAAGAUAAAAAUUAUUUCCAUUUAACACAAGAAAAUACUAGCACCUAAAAUUUUAUUUUUUCAUGUUCCUUUGAAAAUAUAAUUUAAUUUAAGUGGGAAUCUUCCUUUUAACAUACAAUAAAAGUUUCAGGGAAAAAUGGCACCUGUUUUAGCAAAGGGUAAUUAAUGUAUAAUUAAUGGUUGUAAACAUAGAAACAUCCAAAGCAGAUGCAAUUGGAGUUGACAAACAAUUUGAAACAUGCAAAAAUGUUCCUUGCCAUGCUGCUGGAAACUGUAAGAAUUUAAAAAUCAUGUAAUGAAAUAUUGAUAAAUAGUAGCUUUGUUGAACUAACCUGUAUAUAAUAUUUAAAUAUACACACCAAAACCAGGGUUAGGAGAGUACAGUGAUAUUUAAUACUUUAAAAAAAAAACUUUAUCUCUGUAUGGUUCAAUUUUUCAGUUCUUUUUUGUGCAUUAUAUAAAAACUAUAAUAGUAAAUGUUAAUAUAGAUUUUUUGUAGUUUUCUGACUGUACAUUCUAACGUAAUUGAUGACAAUUAACAGGUCUAACAAGCCAGAACACAUAAUUUUGUUUCAUCAGAAGUGAUCACAGUCCAUUUUCUUAUAUCUUAAUCUUAACAACUGCAAUUAACUGUAAUAACUAAACUUAACCCUUUCACUGUGGCUGCUUUAAAUGCAUGCAGAAUUGUUGCAUGCCAUAAUCUGUAUACAGCACACAUUCGUCUCUCGGAUGUGGACCGUACUCUAUACAGUGAAUAACCAGUCAAUGGUUAAGAUUAAUUUUAGCAACUUUACACUGUGAUUUGAAUUUAACUAUAAAUAAUCACUUGUAACUAAGUAGUUGAGGUAAGAUUGCUUCACUUGUGUCUCAUUUUGUUUAAAAGCUUGUGCACAAGACAUAGUGGCACUAUAAGCUCACAUCUGUGCCAUUUUCUAGCUUUAUGUAAUCCUUCACAUUUAAAGGAACCUCAAAAUAAAAGCUUUAACAUUAUCUUUAGGUGAUGGAGAAUCGAUGUUGUCUUUUAAGAAAAUAUAAGGAAAAAAUGAAGGUAUAACAAUAUAAAGUUUAUGGCAGCUCUAUAAUUUUAUAAUAGAGAUGCCUAAUUUUAAUUUUUUGACAAAUUUACAUGUAUUACUUAUCAAUUUUAUGCUAGUGUUGCUUAUUUUGAUAUGUUUAAAUUUUUAAAUCAUUAUAUCUAUAGAAUUGUUCAGUCAUCAUGGAUGAAGCCUAAUUUGUUUGGGUUGUGUUCUGAAACCUUGGAGUACAGUAACUACCAGACAUUAGGGAAGGACUUUAUGAGAUAAUCAUCUGUUACCAGGAAACAUUAUAGAAUAAACUACUUUAUUUCUGCAGAUAAAUUGUGUGUUGAAACUAUUGAAUUUUAAAUCAAAAACUGAUAAAUUAUUUUAAUUUGAGAAGUAUUUUAUGAAAGCAUAUUAAUUUUUAAAAGAAAUAAUUUAUAAAGAUAUCUGCAGUGAAUGGAAAUUCUUCUUGCAAUUUAAAUUAUGUAUGCUAGUAAAAUAAAACUGUCAUAAAGAUUUCACCAAAAGAUCCUAGUAGCAGAAACAUGCUACUAGGGUAACAAUUUCUAUAUCUUGGAAUUGAUUUAAAAAACAGUAGCAUAGAAAAUAUGGUUUAUGUUUGAUAAUAUAGGAUUAUUAUUUGUAGUUUUGGAGUACUUGUACAGACAGAGAUGUGCUCAAGUGGUUUUAAUUGUCAUCUUCAAACUAUAACAGGUAGAUAAAACUAAAAUAUUUAAAAUUAAUCAUAACCCAUCACUUAAACUUGCUUUAAACAAUAUAAAAUAUGAUGUUUACACUGUAGUAUAUGUUGAGUUAAACAGUCGAUUCUAGAAAGUUAAAAGCAUUGUGAUACAGUGCAUGAUGAAUCCAAUGUCUUUGUAUUUUUUUUUGUAUUAGUUAAAAUAUUUGUUCAUCCUUCAAAGGAUCUGGAUUAAAACAUUCCAAAGUCAUAUAUUGCAGUAUAGAAAUACUUUGUUUUUCAAUCAACUAUAAAGUUUGUUUUUGGAAUCAUGUGGUAUAGUUAUAUUUUUAAGAUGUUUUUUAGUGAGUAGACUAAUUGCUGAUUCAUUUUUUCAAAGAAAAAAAAACACCAAAAACUUUGAGGUUCCAUGGAUAGAAACAUUGAAUAAAAAUUAAUAUUUUUUUCCACAAGUAAGUAAUGUGUCAGAUUAGUAAGCAAAAAAAAAAUGAGGGUUAUAAAAUAAUAAAGAAUCCUAUAGGCAUUACUUUUUUUCAAUAUAUACAAACAUUUUAAUCCAUUGACUGCGGCUGCUCUGAAUAUCAAAUGUACCAGCCGUACACCAUAUAUGGCACACUCGCAUUCAACAGCUGGAGGGGGACUGUAUCCUAUACGGCGAAUUGGCACUCAAUGAGUUAACAUGCUGAAUACAAUAACUUACUUUUUUGUGUGUAAUUAGAAACAUUUUAGCAAAAAAAUUUUUAGUUACAAAACUAAAUUCACAAGGUUUAAAUAAAAUAAGUUUAAAACAAAGUUUAGAAUAAUACAAAAAUGUAUGUGUUUAAAUAAAGAACUGGUAAAUUAUUUUGUUGCUCUGUGUAUGUGAAAGUAGGUAAAUAAAGAUAUUGAAGUAUAGUAUGAUAUGCUGAUUGAUUGAGAUUCCUAAAAUUGUAUGAAAAUGUUGAAUUAAUGUGCCGAAUAUAAAAACUUAAUUUUUUGUGUAUGUAUGAAAGUAGGUAAACAAAGAUAUUCAUGUGUAGUAUGUUAUGCUGAUUGAUAAAGUUUUCUACCAUUGUGUGAAAAUAAACAUGUGCUCCUAGUUUUUGUUUGUAAGGGCUCAAAACAUUUAUUAUGAUCAUAAAUAAAACAGCUGUUGUACGUUAAAACCAAUUUUAAAUCAAUAUCUAAUACAUUAUUAUGUGUUUUUUGUGUGGAAAGUAGGUAGACAAAUGGGUUUAAGUAUAAUCAAAGAUACAUCAUGAAAAUGUGUAAGUUAGUCAUUUACAUGCAGAUUUUAGGCAUUGUAUAGUCUAUUAUUUAGACUUGAUUUUAUAACUAGAGACUUUCUAUUAGCUAUAUUAAUUCAGUCUUCAUAGUAAAUGAAGUUACAUGCAAAAUGUUUCCAUGUUGGUGAUUGAGUAUAAUUUUAAUAAGGAUACAUAAACCUUUAUCAAAGUAGUGCUUAGCUCCUUUUAGAAUGUUGUUACAAAGCAACUUUACUUAGAAUAUUGUCAAACAUGCAAUUUAUAUUACUUUUGCUACAUGGACAGUUAAAUUUAUAUAUACAUGUAUGUAACAAUUUAUAAUUUCUUGUAAGGGUGACAACAAAUUCCUGCUAUUAUGAUCAAUUUUUUUUAACCAAUUGAGUGUAUGGUGUAAUGUAAUGAUUUAUUAGAUACCCUCAGACUCUUAUUAAUUAGAAAUAAUUUAUUGAGAAAUUGUGUAUCUGUAUAAUUAUCUUCAAAUAUAUAAUUGCACAAAGAGACCAUGUGCAUGGUAUCCAUAUCUUAGGGCAUGAAACUCUCAAAAAGUUAGGACAGAUUAAUAUAUUGUUACAAUAUUUUCUAUUACUGAACAGGUUCUUUUGGGUUAGUUGGUAAAAGUAAUGCAAAAUUCAGUCCAUGUAAUGAUAAGUUCAUUUAUUUCUUCAACAAGAGAAUAACAUUUGUUACAGGCUUUGUUCCUUGUAGGCUUAACUACACAAAUAAAUUUUUGUACAGAAAU